AUGGUGCAUUGGUUCAAAAUAAAUAACAAUAUCCGAAAAGAAACCUCAACAAUUUGAACUUAACUAAAAUGGAAGUAUUAAGGUUCACUUGACUGAUGUGCUAACAGAAACUUAACAUGUAGAUAAAUAGAGUGUCUGGCAUUUAGUAGAAGCCAGUUCAAUGCAUGUGCGGUUUGGAUCCGUGCGGCCGCCGUCCGUCCCAUCGGCCUCUGCUGCCGUUGUUGGGAGCGAGUGAGAUUCCGGUGUUGGGUUCCUAGUGGCUGUCGAGAUGUGGGGUUGAGCUACCGGUCUGCCCACCUUCGGGAUCCCGCCGUGCGCCAUCCAGUCUCCCUCUCACCUGCUCCGGGCCGGAAUCGGGUGAGUGCUUCUGCUGAGCGGCGGAAGGUUUGGGCCCCCCUCCCUAGGACUUGCAGCCGUGGAGCGUGGACUGGGCCUCUGUAACAGUUGGGGACGGACUGAGAGAGUCAAGGCCUCCAUGCUCACGCCCUUUUCUGAAGAGAAGUUGUUUGCAAUGGCGUCACGCUGCACACAGCAUGUGUCCACAAACAGAAGGUCGAUCGUGACCGAAAUGUUUCUGAGGUGAAAAGUCGUGGUUAUGACACCUGCGAAUAACGCCUCCACCCUUCUUCCUACAACUUUCUGUCCUCGAUUUCAAAUGACAUUGUACUUUUUUCAUUUGUUAUUAGUCUUGAGCUUAUUUUGUUCUAAAGUAGUUUUUGGACACAAACAUUUCUGCCUUAGAGUGGAGAUUAUUACCAAGAUGACUGAUAUUCGCCAUUCCCUUUUGAGGCGAGAUGCUUUAAGUGCAGCAAAAGAACUCCUGUAUCAUUUGGACAUAUUCUUCAACAGCCAGCUGCAGAAUGUACCUGGUCCACUGGUUGACAAGUCCACCAUUGAACUGGUGGAGGAAUUUAUUUUUCAGCUUCCAAAAGAACGUAAUACACAGCCAAAACGGUUAAGUUCAUUACAGGAGCUACAAUUGCUGGAGAUCAUGUGUAGUUACUUCCAAGAACAGAGUAAAGAUGCAGUUCGACAGAUCAUCUUCUCUGCACUGUUUGGUCCUCAGGGUAAUAAAGCUGAUGAAAAUAGGCUGGCUAUGUUGGGAAAACUUGUAUCCAUGGCAAUAGCAAUUUGUCGUGUUCCCAUUUUGGAAUGUACUGCAUUAUGGUUGCAGCGAACGCAUGCGGUAUUCUGUGUGAAACUUGCAAAGGUACUUGUUGAGGAUUACUGCAUAUUGGUACCAGGAUCUGUGCAGACAUUAAAGCGAAUUGUUCAUGCCAGUCCACGGUUUUGCUGUCAGCUGAUCACUGCUGUCACUGCAUUAUAUGACCUUUCAACAGAUGAUCUGAUUCCUCCUCAAGAUUUACUGGAGAUGGUUGUAUCGUGGGUAUACGAAGAUCCACGGUUGACACUUAUUACAUUUUUGAACAGUGCUGCUAACCUGCCCCGUGGAUUUUUGGAACUAACACCUCUUCCAGGCCUGAUACGAUGGUGUGUGCUCGCACCUUUGGCUUACAAAAAGAACUGUAACGCUUCUUCAGCACAAUCCUUAGUGAAUGGGCAUACCAAUAAAGUAUGCAAGGAGGUUGAAAGUGAUGGAAAUAAGGACUUCAAAAUCCUUUAUUCAAAGUUGCAUUUAAGUGUUCUUCAAGUUCUUAUGAUACUUCAAGGUCAUUUAACAGAAAAAAACUUGUAUGGACGAUUAGAACUCAUCAUGUUUGAUCAUGUAGAACGGCUUGUUGGAGACAUUAACAAAUUAGUUAAAGAACUUAACCCUUCAAAUCCUGUGAAAGAGGUUGAACUCACAUUGGAUAGAUUAGCUCAAGCUCUGCAAGUUGGUAUUGCUUCAGGAGCACUACUGUGUGCAAGAGAUGACUUGCGAUCCAUCUGCUCUGCACUUCCACAUAACAACUUGCUUCAGUUGGUUUUGACUGGACCAGUACAACAGUCUUCACACACUGCAUUGCCACCGGGAUUCUAUCCACAUAUACAUGCAUCACCUGCUCGAUAUCCCAUGUACUCAACUCACCCAGUGCAGACAUAUAUGCCGGGUAUGGCUUUUUCAUAUAGACCAAUCCGAUGAAACAUUGACCAUUUACAAAAAUUUGAUGGGAUACCUCUUGGAUAUGUAUAAUUUUGCAGUGAAACUAAUUGUGAAGAAUAGUUUCAGUACCCUUUUUUUUACUGAAAAUUUGUACUACCAGUGAAGAUGAAAUGAAUUGGUGGAAGCCUGCUGUGCAUUUUAUAUUUUCGUAAUGAAGUUUACCGAACUUUUACAUACAGCAGUAAGAUGGUUAGGGUUUUUUCACAUCCACAAGACUACCACAGAUUUCAAAGCAGAAGAUUUUCUUAUGAAUUGAUUGUAUUCAUUUGUUAAUUAUCUGUAACUUAAUAUUGUUUGAGUAUGUUGUUAAAUUGCCUUGUCUACAGAACCUUUUUUAUAAAGGGGUGUCUUUUUAAAAAACUGUUCUGUUACCUCCUCUGGUAGUUAUUCUUGGAUAAAACUGGUAUAUUCUGUAUAUUGUAUCAUAAAGCCAGCCUCUUUUAAAUAAUAGGUUUUAUUUUAAAUUUCCUUCAUUUUAUGAAGCCUCUGCAUUUUAAGAGAAUAUGUAAAAGGUUACAUCAAGAUUUGUAUCUUUCUUUAUUUGGAUCAAUAUUGAAGAAACUGCAUUUAAGUCAUCGAUAUUUUCAAGAGUAAACAAAGGAGCAUUGUCACAUAAGAAUAACAGUUAAACUAUAUUCAAAUAUCUGUUGUAAAAGAUGGGACCAAUGUACAGAUUACAAAAACGAAAUCACUUUCAUCACUCAGGGAUUAUUACACUUCUGGUUCCAAUUCUAAAAAUCUUCCAUAUGACCAGUCAAUUUAGUUGAUGUUCAUAGUAGAAUGGAGAAAAUGGAUUAUGCAAUCUAUGAUAAUGAUGUAUUUCUCUAACUAAAAAUCAAUUUUGGAGAUAGGUUCUGGACAGUCAUUGAAACUGCUGGCUGGACUCUGCAAUGUUUAACUUGACAGAGGAUUUCUGCAUUCAAAGCACAUCUUUUUCAAGGCCUUCAAGCACCAUACUCCCUAUCUGUCUUAAGCCAAGUGAAAUAUUUCACUUUUCACUGAUUCUUUGAAGCAUCAGGACCUUACAAACUGUUCAUGUUGGCAAUUGGAUCUUCCUAUUCAAAGGCCUUAUUAAUGACUUUAUUUAAAAUGCACCUAAAUGAAUACCAACUGUAAUUUGGAAUAUUUUGGACGUCAUUACUGAGGUCUGGACCCUUAAUGAUUUUAAAUAUUUCUCUUGUCUGUCAGACUCCUCUGUACCAAGGAGAAUAACUCCAUCUUCAGUUUGACCAUGUACCUAACAGUCCCAUAUCUGUUGUGUUAUUUAAAAAAUUCUUCUACAUUUUCUCUCAGCUUUUUAUGAAUUUCCAUAUAUAGGUUCCCAACAUGAGUUAAUGCUGCAUUUAUGGCUAAAUCACUGUUUUAUGAAUGAAAAUAAAUAAACUGCAGAUGCUGUGUGUUGAAAGAUAGAGGACCUUAUAACAUCAGUUUUGUAAUUGUUAUUCCUGCUUUCCUGCUGUUGCACUCCAUUCAAACAAGUGGACAGAUUUCUAUCUCUAGCACACCUCCCCCACUAAUGCCUUGAUGUUUGC